AUGAGUGAAUUGUUUAAAUCAGCCUUUGAAUACUUUAGCGGGCCGACAAAUGGACAACCGGAGAAUAGUUUUGUCGGACAAAUUAUAGAAAUUUCGAACGUAAAGUUAAAAAUCAGGAGCGUUUUAGCGGAAGGUGGUUUUGCCGUUGUAUUUGUGGCACAAGACGUAGCCACUGGGAAGGAUUAUGCUUUAAAAAGGCUACUAGCUGCAGAUGAAGAAGCGAAAAGCAAUAUUGUAAGGGAAAUAAAUAUAUUGAAAACAAUAUCCGGACAUCCCCAUAUUAUUCAGUAUUUAUCUGCUUCAUUUAUUGAUAAGUCGCAAACGCAACAUGGCAGUUCAGAAUUUUUGCUGGUCACGGAACUUUGUCCAGGAGGUUCUUUAGUAGAUAUUUUGCAAGCUAGAACCGCUCCGUUCGAUGUAGACAUAAUAGUUCGGAUAUUUUAUCAAGCAUGUAAAGCAGUCGCUCACAUGCAUUCCCAAAACCCGCCUAUAAUACACCGAGAUUUGAAGAUAGAGAACCUUUUAAUUAGCGCUGAAAGUACCAUAAAAUUAUGCGAUUUCGGAUCUUCUACCACCGAAAUAUUCAAGCCAGAUAUAUCAUGGUCGGCCAAUCAGCAUACAAACCUCGAAGAAAACAUGGCUAAAUUUACUACUCCGAUGUACAGAGCGCCCGAGAUGGUAGACACUUGGAACAAUUAUUUCGUAGGCACGCCCGUCGAUGUAUGGGCCUUAGGAUGCAUCUUGUACACACUGUGUUUCAUGAGACACCCGUUCGAAGACAGCGCGAAAUUACGUAUCAUGAACGCCAAUUACACUAUUCCAGCUGAUCCGAAAUUUUCUUGUUUUCACGAUAUAAUAAGGGGAUGUUUGCAACCCAAUCCCCAGAUGCGGUUAAAUAUCGCGGGCGUUCUGGAAAGAAUCGCUGCAAUAGCUGAAAGCAAUGGUUACAAUCUCAAAGAGCCUCUAGUACUAUCCGUUCCGAAGCAAAAAUUGAACGAAACCCCACCGAACUUCCACAACGACAAUUCCAAAGUACCACCGGCAAGACCUAAUCCACCCAGCUCCGACUUGAAUAAACCAGCUCAACCGGUUCCUCCGAGACCAGCGCCUCCUCAACAGCGACCUCCAGCGCCGCAAGCUCAACUACCGCAGAGGCACAUCGAAAGCAAACAAACCGGGCUGUUUUCCUCAUUGAGAGGAGGCGCCGGGAGUUUCCUGAAGAAUCUCAAAGACACUAGCAGCAAAGUUAUGGCUACAGUCCAACAAAGCAUGGCCAGGACCGAUUUAGACAUUCAUUACUUAACUUCGAGGAUAAUCGUGAUGCCGUAUCCCUCGGAAGGUUUCGAAUCCACUUACAAAACGAACCACAUAGAAGACAUCAGACUGUUUUUGGAUUCCAGACAUCCUAAUUUUAGAUAUUCCGUUUACAAUUUAUCCUGUAAGCCUUAUCAUUCGAAAUUCGGCCAGGCUAGGAUUAUCGAUUGCUCAUUCGCCUAUCCCGAUGCGUUCAAAUCGCCGUUGCUGAAUUCGAUGUAUCAGCUCUGCGAGGACAUUUACCAAUAUUUAGCCGGCGAUAGCAGGAACGUUGUCGUCAUUCACUGCACGGACGGUAAAGCUACUUCGGCGACGCUAGUUUGCGCUUUAUUAAUUUACGCGGGGUUACUGGAGGUUCCGGAAGACGGUCUGCAAAUGUUCGCUGUAAAAAGAUGCCCUCCGAAUCUAAGAGCCUCCGAGUUAAGAUAUCUCUAUUACUUAGCGGACAUCGUGAGAAAUCCGCCCGUUUAUCCCCAUUACUAUCCUGUUACGUUAGUUUCGUUGCACAUGCAGCCCGUUCCUUUGUUUACUAAAGUCAGAGAUGGAUGUAGACCUUACAUAGAAGUUUUCAGCGAGAACAGGUGUAUAUUAUCGACGCAACAAGAUUACGAAAGGAUGAGGUUAUACAACAUAGCCGAAGGAAAGUGUCUUCUUCCCAUAAAUGCUACGGUUUGUGGGGACGUUUGCAUCGUAGUCCACCAUGCUAGAAACCUAUUAGGCGGAGUAAUGACUCAGGGUAAAGCUAUAGGUAUAAAGAUGUUUCAAUUCCAACUGCACACCGGCUACAUUCCCGAAGAGGAAACUUGCAUGAGAUUCUCGAGGUCGGAUUUGGACGACAUAUCGGACGCGCCGGACCAUUUCCAGGAGAAGUUCACCGUUACGCUCAACGUGUUCGUGACGGACGCGGAACGGAAACCCACCCAACCGGCUCCAUGGCAAACCGAUCAAACCAAACGGGUGCCCGAUACGAUGUUCACGUCGCAAAUUGAAAAAGACGAAGUGAUAGAUAAUUUCGUGAGCACGCCCGUUAGGAAAGCCGAAGAGAAGCAAAAAAUGCCGCCGGAGAGGCCUUCGAAGCCGCCAGAGAAGCCCAACCGGUUGGCAUCGCCUGCGACUAUCUUACAGGACGCGGAUGAUUCCGCUUCCGAUACAGAGCAACCCGCGCCUCAACCACCACCGCCCGCGGUCGCAACCGAUACCCUCAUCGAAUCCGUAGAUCUGUUGAAUUUGAACAGCGCCCAGCCUUCGGUAGACGACGCGAACGCCAAGAAAUCGCCCAGCUCGAAUUUCGAUUUGCUAUCGCAACUGGACGACGACACCGGUAAUUUUACUAACUUCAACAACGCACCCGACACUAAAACCGACGAUAUGUUCGAUCCGUUCGGCGGAGGCGACAACAAUCUACUAGGCGGUUGGAACGAUUUCAACUCCUCGACUCAAGCACAAGCACAAGCUCAAGCGCAAACCGCCGCGAGGAACGACGCCAACGAUUCGUCCCGACCGGCCGAUCCUUUCGCCGAGUUCGGGCUGAGCUUCGGCGGCGCGCGGUCGACGCCGGGCGCGAGUCCGCAGCACGCGCCCCAUUCGGGCGGCGGGACGCCGCAGCACCAGGCGCGCUCGCCGACGGGGCCCGACUACAACCGGUCGCACUUCGAGGCGCUGAACAAGGGGGGCGCGGGCGAGCCGCCGAAGAAGGCGCAAGGGUUCGACGUGUUCGGGGAGCUGCUCGGCUCGCAGGGGUACAGCUUCAGCGGGAAGAAGGAGGCGGCGCCGAAGACGAUGAACGCGAUGAGGAAGGAGGAGAUGUCGGCCUACGUGGAUCCGGAGAAGAUGAAGGUCAUGGAAUGGAAAGAAGGGAAGAAGAAUAAUAUUCGGGCGUUGCUUUGUUCGAUGCAUACGAUUCUGUGGGACGGUGCGAAGUGGAACAAAUGCGAAAUGCAUCAACUCGUUUCGGCGGCUGAUGUUAAAAAAGCUUAUAGGAGAGCUUGUCUAGCUGUGCAUCCAGAUAAACAAACCGGCACGGACAACGAGAAUUUAGCGAAGCUCAUUUUUAUGGAAUUAAAUAACGCUUGGAGCGAUUUCGAGAACGACGCUUCCCAACAAAACAUGUUCUCGUCCUAA